AUGCGCUCCAGCUUCCGCUCGUUGUUGCCAGCUCUCCGCGCAGUCGCUGCCAGAUGUCCCCCGUCACAAAUAUGCACAUCCUCGAGAACAUAUGCUACUGAAGCAGUGCCAGAUUACGAGCACAAGCCUUCACAUUACGGCCAACCGCUCUUCCAGUCACACCCCCACCUACUCAGGCCUAAUGAACUCACACCCGGGAUUCCGUCCGAAGAGUAUGAGCGGCGUCGGAAAGAACUCAUGGAUAGCCUACCUAGCAAUAGUGUGGUGGUUCUGAUUGCUGCACCUGUUAAAUACAUGAGCGGAAGACUUCACCAAGUCUACGCUGAUUACUUGCCUGACAUUAUGGCUUCAAGUUACAAAUACCGCCAAGGAUCUGACUUCUGGUAUCUCACUGGUUUCGAAGAGCCCGAUUCUGCCGUUGUCCUAGAGAAGAAUGCGUCUUCUCGAGGAUAUAGAAUGACACUGUUCUCGAACGGGAAGGACUCUGCGAAAGAGAAAUGGGAUGGCCCAAGGACAGGCUUUGAUGAUGCUCUGAAUGUUUUUAAAGCGGACGACGCGCUAACAAUCAAGGCUUUUCCUGCUCAACUGCGAUCUAUGAUUAGCCUCUACUCUAAUGUUUAUAUUGACCUACCCCAGUCUCCGCGAAAAAAUGCACGCUCCACCAAGUCAUUGCUUCGGUACCUUUCGCCUCCUGUCAAUCCUCGGUCAGAGUACGAAACUGUCGUGGAGUCGUUGUCAAGCUCCCGGCGGAAACCCCUUGCUCCUCUCAUUGCCCAAUUAAGGGCAUUCAAGAGUAUCUGCGAGCAACAGGUCAUGAGAAUGGCCGCUGACAUUAGCGGUCGCGCCCAUGCAAAGACAAUGCGCUUUACACGACCCGGCAUCUCAGAAAGUGCACUAGCAGCUCAUUUUGAAUACUUGUGUAGUCUAUCAGGUUCACAGCGCCUUGCAUAUGUCCCUGUUGUUGCAUCUGGGCCAAAUGCACUCAUCAUACACUAUACGUCGAACAAUCAAGUUGUACAAGAUGGUGAGAUGAUUUUGAUGGACGCUGGAUGUGAAUAUAACGGUUACGCGUCUGACAUCACUCGCACAUAUCCAGUCAAUGGUUCCUUUACACCUCCGCAAAAGGAGCUAUAUAGCGCAGUGCUGUCUGCGCAGAAGGCUCUCGUGGGACAAGAACUGAAACAGAUAGGGUUUACUCUCCAUACAGGAGAUCUGGAGAGAGUACUUUACCCUCAUUUCCUCAGUCAUCCAAUUGGGAUUGAUUUGCAUGAAUCAUCAUAUUCAGACAGAGGAGAGCUGUGCGUAGUUCUCGUAGUUUUGUCUUCCUUAGAUCUAGAGUUCACCUUCCAUGCAAGAUUGAAAGCCGGGAUGGUAAUUACUGUAGAGCCAGGAAUAUAUGUCCCACCUACCGCUCAGUUCCCAAAGCACUUCCAUAACAUUGGCAUCCGAAUAGAGGACGAGGUCCUUGUUGGCGAGAAACACCCCGUGGUUCUCAGCGUUAGUGCACCGAAGGAGAUUGCGGAUAUAGAGGGUGCAUGUCAGGGACUACUGGGACUGGAGCCAAUUUGA